CGCGCCGCCGAUAGAACGCGACCCGGAGCUCGCGCCGCCGAUAGAACGGGAGCCGGGACGGCCAUCGCGGGGAGGUUGGAGUGAAGUUGCCGCUGACUCAAUCCUCCCCCCCCCAGACAGUGGGAGAGUUCUGGCCACAGAGUGAGCCAAGAGGGUGGCGUACAUUGAAACACUCCAAGGAACGGGAGAACCCGACUGCAACAAAAACAAACCUACACGGACAAAAUCGAUAUGCCUCUGUUUACCGCCAAUCCGUUCGAUCAAGAUGUUGAUGAUGGCUGACUCGCUAAGUUCCUCCAGCACUUUGCGUUUUGUUCAAGAUUUGGAGGAACCUGAUGGGCAUGUUUUUCACACAGAAGAUGUUGGGUAUAUGGAAGAAGUUGCCAGGUGAAAUAGUGGAGGCAGAGAAAGCGACAAGUGAGAUGAAUACUUCAGAGGACUGGGGCCUCAUAUUGGACAUCUGUGACAAAGUUGGACAGUCUCGGACUGGGCCAAAAGACUGCUUAAGAGCCAUUAUGAAAAGAGUGAAUCACAAAGAUCCUCAUGUUGCUAUGCAGGCACUAACUCUGCUAGGAGCGUGUGUAUCAAACUGUGGCAAAAUUUUUCACCUUGAAGUUUGCUCAAGAGACUUUGCAAGUGAAGUAAGCAAUGUCUUAAACAAGGGACACCCAAAAGUCUGCGAGAAGCUUAAAGCCCUCAUGGUGGAAUGGGCUGAAGAAUUUAAGAAUGACCCCCAACUAAGUCUUAUAUCUGCAAUGAUUAAAAACCUAAAGGAACAAGGAGUUACAUUUCCUGCUGUAGGCUCUCAGGCUGCAGAACAAGCAAAAGCAAGUCCUGCUUUGGUAGCCAAGGAUCCCAACCUAACAACAAACAAAAAAGAAGAGGAUGACUUGGCGAAAGCCAUUGAAUUAUCAUUGAAAGAGCAAAGACAGCAACAGACUACGGUUUCUAGUCUUUAUCCAAACACGUCAACCCUUACCACCAGCAAACCUGAAGGACGGAAGGUGCGAGCCAUCUAUGACUUUGAAGCUGCUGAAGAUAAUGAGCUCACCUUUAAAGCUGGAGAGAUAAUUACUGUGCUAGAUGACAGUGAUCCAAACUGGUGGAAAGGUGAAACAUAUCAAGGUAUUGGAUUAUUUCCAUCAAAUUUUGUGACAGCAGACCUAACAGCAGAGCCAGAGAUGUUGAAAACUGAAAAGAAAACUGUACAAUUUAGUGAUGAGGUACAAGUUGAAACGUUGGAACCAGAACCUGAACCAGUUUAUGUUGAUGACGAAAAGAUGGAUCAUCUAUUACAUAUGCUGCAGAGUGCUAACCCCAGUGAUGGUCAGCCAGACCCAACAGAACUACUGCAUCUGGAAGGUAUCUGUCAUCAGAUGGGGCCACUUAUAGAUCAGAAGUUAGAAGAAAUUGACAGGAAGCAUUCUGAACUGUCAGAUCUAAAUGUGAAAGUGAUGGAGGCUCUAUCCCUGUACGCUAAAUUGAUGAAUGAAGAUCCUAUGUAUUCCAUGUACGCUAAACUUCCGAAUCAGCAGUAUUAUGUGCAACCGUCCUCUGUAGCAGUCUCUCAGCAGGUAUAUUCAGGACAGCCUCCCAGUGGCACUUAUGUAGUAUCUGGUACAUAUCAAAUGGCUUCAGUCCAGGGUUAUAGUCUUUCAGCAGAUCACAUUCCAUCACUUAGUCAAGCUGGUGUCCCUCUAGCAGCAAGUUCAGCCCUGUCCACCCAGCAAGCUCUGACGUCUUUUACCAAUGCUAUGCCAGCAAAUACAUACAUAAAUCAACCAACAGUGUAUAGUCAAACUGCCCCUUCAAAUGUUGACGUGUCAAGUUACCAGAGUACAGGAUUAAAUGGACAACAGAUGCCAAGCUACAGUGUUUCCUCUACAACCAAUGGCCAACAAUCUAACAGUCAGCAACAAUCACCUUACUCACAGACUGCACUUCUAUAGGGGAUAUUUUUCUUCAGUUUUAUUCUUAAUGCUGGCUGAGAAUAAACAGGUAGUACUUUAAUUUACAGCAAUUAAAGCGGCAUCGAUAUGCGCAGACUACUCUGAACUUUUUUUUUAGAACCAUCUAAUGCUGAAGGAGGACAAAUGGUAACCUACCCAUGAAAAAACAUCAUGUUCUUAAAAUGACAACAGCCAUUUGUGCUGUGCAUAUUCUCCUAUUUUGUGGAAUAAAAUGGAACUGACAGCUGGUAUGUGUAAAUAAUAUUGGUUUAUUGUAUUAGUAUUACAUUUGAUAGCCAUAAGUGAAAAUGUGAAGAUAAACUGUUGCAGUUGAUAUAGAAAUUAAUUCAUGGUGGAUUUAAAAUUAGAUUAUCAAUUUUUUGUAGUAAUUUUAAUUUAUUUAUAUAUAAAAUAGUUAAUGUUUCAUCAUCCCUAUGAUGUGAAGGAUUCAAUCUGCAUAGCCCCAUUUUGCACUCAAAUAAGACUACACUGUUGCUCUGCUCAUUCUGGUUAUAAAGAGAAAAUGCAAACAAUCGAGUUAUACAUAACUUUCUAUGCAUUAUAUGCUGCUGCUUUUUCACCUCCCGUUUUAGUUUUUUUCUCAAACAUUAUGUAUUUUUUCAAAUAAUUUCCUGAUUCACUCUAUGCCUAAUAUGGGAAAUAAAUCCCAUAUUUUUAAAGUUAAUUUUUCAAAUGAAGUGUCUGAAACUAAUUUCAACUACAUGCAGUAUAAAGCAUUAUCCUUAUGUCUUGUUUUUACGGUCUGAGUAGCAAAUUAUUGCUUAGCAUUUUAUCUUGAAAGAUGGGAAAAGUAUUUCUAUAUAAAUGUAAAAUUAGAGUGAAACUUUGAAUAAUAACUCUAAUUACAAACUUUUUUUAAAAUGACAUAUCUUGUAGCACAAAACUAGUGGUUCAGAGAGUUUUCCCUUUGCCUGCGGCUCCAUACAUUUAACCGCCAAAGACAUAGCUUUGAAACAAAAGCUGCUCUGGAUCCCUGUUCAUAAUUGGAAUGAAACUUAUCAUUGAUUGGGAUUGUAUGAUCUGAUUGUUUUUUUUCAAAUGAUGGUUGAAAUAAUAAUAAUUUAGAAUUCAACAAUAUUUCAGUUCUAAUUUUUCUUGACUACGUGUUUAAAUGAAAAUUGCGUGCUGUAGCCAGGUUAAAAGGAUUGUCUUGUCCAUUGAGUAGCUUCCUAAUUUAUCUUCUGGAUUAGAACCCUCUUUACAUUUAUAGACUUUCACUCUCACUGAGAGGUAUUUAGAUUUUCAUUGCAUAACUGGACUUGGCAGAUAAUGUGAAGAGGCACAUUUGCAGACUAGUGGAAUUUAUUUUCUACAGUUACUCUUCUUUUAAAGGCACUAUCAUUAAAAAAUUACUAUGCUGUAUUUCCGUUCCUACAUCAUUUAUCAUUCUGUUUGAAAAUACAUUAAAAAAGCUGUCGUUCAACCUUUUAAAAGAUGGUGCUCCUCUAAUUUAGUGUCCAUAACUGGAGGUGUGAAGUUUGCGAAUAUGUGUUGCAUUUUACAUUUUUUUAAUUUAAUAUUUUGUCUGCUUUGAAAAUUUUAAAAAUGCAUUGUCUUGUUCAUUCAAUGUAUUGCAAACCAAAUGUAAUUCAACUCGUGUGUUUCAAUAAGUAUGUUGGUUAAUAUUCAGGUUAACAGAUAUAAACAUCCGUUUUUAUUUUCUCCUGUUUGCUAUUAAAUUCAUGAAUGGUCCACAAUUUUGCAAAAACUGUUUAUCACAUGCUAAUCGUGUAAUACUGGUUCAGUUGUGUUCAGUUUCCCAUUCACGCAUUCUUUUUGGACGAUAGGAAAUGAGGGAAAAAUCUUUGUAUAAGAUGUUAAAUUUUAUUGAUGAAUGCUUAAGUAUGUUUCAUCAUAUAAAGUUUUAAACUAUGCUUUAAAGCUCAUGCUGUUAAUUGUCUUGAAAGUGUGUUUGUGUAAUCUUUGACCUUGUUAACUGUCAAAUAAGUUGUAACAAAAUGGUUGACUCCAAUGCAGCAAUUCUAAAGCCUCUCAUAAGAUUUCUUACUCUAUUGCAUGUCAAAGGCACAGAAAAGAGAAAAUACAGAUAAUCUUCAUUGAUCGAAAGUUUCACAGUUGACCUGUGAUCAACUAAAUGGUUUAAAUAAAUAGUUUAACAGA